CUGGGCGAAUCUAUUUCUAUUCACAGACGAAUACCAGCGAGCUCAUAACAGCCCAGUGGAAUGGACCUAGAAAGACCUAAUGAGGGAACUCGUAAAAGAGAAAGAGAAUUCAUGAGAGACCCUGAUGGGCUAUUACAUGUUAAAUACUAAGAUUACCUGAACUUAGCCAUGAUAAUAUUUUCUAUAUGAAAUUUCAUUUUAUUUAAUAAUUUCACAAUUAACAUGCAUAAAACAGAGACAUCACACCGGCAGUUCGUAUAGAGGGCGCACGCGCACUGUAGCAAGUGGUUGCCAUCCGCAUUUGACACCGCGUGCUCUACAUUUGGGCUUUAACAACAAAGUCGCUGAGGUGCGCGGCCCGUCACCACAGCAACAAUUGGACCGGACAAGUCGACUGCACCAAAUCCAAGAUACAGCGGUGUCUGCGUUAACCCCCCCUGCCAGAAGGACAUAGCCUACCAAAACCGCAAUUUGCGACAAGAAGAACGGUGUUGCUCGUAUCCUUCAGGUAAUCGGAGCACAGUCAGAAACCCGAAACGAUGUCAUUGUAUCCGUCACUUGAGGACAUGAAGGUGGAUAAAUUCAUGCAGGACAUUGCGCAGGCGCAAAAUGCGCUCUCCGCGAGCCCCUCCAGAGCAAUAGCUUUACCAGAGCCAGGCCCCGCCCAGGAGGAGAAGGCCAUUGGGUUUGGGGACACAGUUCCUGAAGGACUUUACCCAAGGUUGUAUCCUGAGUUGAGUGAAUUUAUGGGCUUGAAUUUGAGUGAAGAUGCUUUGCAGCAGGUCCUCUCUCUCCCCUCCUCGGACCAGUCUAGUGGGGUUGUGAGUGUCAUGUCAUCUGGUCCAGUCUGGGCGAGUGCUCCUAUAACAGGGGGUGACGUAGGCAUCCGUCGAGCAGAGAUCCGGCAGGGUGUGAGAGAAGUGGUACUGUGCAAAGACAAUGACGGCAAGAUUGGCCUCCGUUUGAAAGCUAUAGAUAAUGGUGUUUUUGUACAGCUUGUGCAGGCCAACACGCCGGCAGCACUGGCAGGUUUGCGUUUUGGAGAUCAGUUGCUGCAGAUUAAUGGAGAGUCCUGUGCCGGGUGGAAUAGUGACAAAGCUCACAAAGCGCUAAAGAAUGCUAACGCAGAGAGGAUCACGCUUGCUGUUCGAGACAGGCCUCUGGAGCGCUCAGUUACCCUUCAUAAGGACCUGAAUGGCCAACUAGGGUUUUUAUUUAAAAAGAGUCGUAUCACUGCCAUAGUGAAGGACAGCUCUGCUGCGAGAAAUGGUCUCCUUACCGACCAACAAAUUUGUGAGAUCAAUGGACAAAAUGUCAUUGGCCUCAAGGACUCUCAAGUCUCUGACAUCUUGAAUUCAUCAGGAAGCGUUGUCACAGUUACUGUGAUGCCAUUAGUCAUAUAUGAGCACAUGAUGAAGAGGAUGUCCACCAGUAUUGUGAAGUCCCUAAUGGAUCACUCUAUCCCAGAGGUCUAAUGGUGUUCGUUGCUGAUGGAAGCCAGUGCUGUUUAAAUUCCACCAGAUGGCACACACACACACACACACACACACACACACACACACACACACACACACACACACACACACACACACACUUGCUUUUGAUUCAGAAGAUGUGAAGGGACACCAGUAGUGUAUGUGAGAGUCGUGUGAACAAGACAGAAAGGGAAAAUAGAGUGAGAGCCACGAAUAAUAAAGAUAAAAAGAGAGAGAGAGAGUAUUUACUGAAACGUCUUCCUUUAGACUUGGUUUAAUUGUUAAGUUUAUUUAUUUAUUUAUUUGUCCAUUUAUUUAGUACUUGAUCUAUUCCAUAUGUUCUUAUAUGGUGUUGGCAAUAUUACUCAGGCUUCAUAUUAACUACAUGCCCAUGUUUAAAAUGUUAGGUUAACCUGAUGGAAACCAGGUACCAUACAUUCAGUAAUGUUAGCUGAAAAUAAAAAAUAAAAAUAAAGAUACAUUGACUUUGGAAGCCAUUUUAGAACUAUGCAGGGAGAAAUGACAAAUCUCAGAAUAUUACAGUUCAUUAUUUUUAAAACCAUAAUGUGUGCGAGUUAUGUGUGAACUUGAAUUUUUUCUGUUUAUUAUUGAUUUUUUUGCAUAAGUUAUAUGUGAGUAUUUUGUAGUUGGGAAUGUGUUUAGCUUUUGUUCUCUUUGUGAUUCAAGGGAAGCACUUGACGUUAAAAAGCUCAUUAACUGUCCCCCAGACUGUCCUUCAAAUGUGCACCUAAAACAUUCUGAGGUAGAUAAAACAUUGUGUCCAAAGAUAUUUCAAGAAUUUGUUUGUUUUAUAAAUUAAUUCAGUGCAAUUAAAAUAAAUGUUAAUGUUAUCUUACAUGUCCUCAACUGUAAACAGUGCUGUGUAAGUCUGUAGUGUGUCUUUAGUAGUCUGUAAAUAUGACACUAUUUAUAUCACUG